GGAGAAGUGCGGAGAGCAAUCAGCUUCUCCCACCCUGGGGCUGUGGUGGGUGGUGGUGGGAUGGCAAGAGGACCUGGAGGGACAAGGGCAGGGAACUUCUAUUUUCGCCCUACGGCUUUCUCUUCCUCAGCUUCUGCAUGUGGUUAAAGCUCUGAUGGGUCGGAGAGCUGGGAUUUUUCCAGCACCUUGAGGUGGCAAAGGAAGCUCCUGGGAGGAAGGUGCUUGAUCUUCAUGAGCGUCAGGUGUCUGCUGUGGAAGUGGAGAUGUCAGCUCCAUGGUUGAUGCUCUUCCUGUGCCAACCCAAAGGGAUGGGGGAUGCAGAGCUGAUGGGCUUUUGCUUCCCUUCUGCUGUCAACUCAGAGCCCCGUGUGCCACACACCCUGCCUGGGCAUUCCCAAGGGCAGUCCCUAUCCUGGUUUUAGCUGUUUUGCCCAUGCCUCCGGGCUGUGCAGGCAAGUGCCAGGCUCCCCUGCAAGCUGCCAGAGGGGUUGCUGCCUGCCAGGAGCCUCCCCUCACCGCCCGCUGCCGCGGAGGUAUCGCCUUGCUCCCAACCCUGCUCGUGACUCGGGGAUCUCCCCGGCCCAGCGCGCUGAGAUCAGGCGCUUUUCUGGGGGAGCAGGUGCCUGGGUUUCCUCACGUCAUUCCCCCGAGAUCAGUGGCCAGGGCUUUGAGUGGCAUCGAUCUUGCUGGAAGCCGAGCGGCGUCCUGGCCAGGGGCAGCCAGGACCACGCUUGGACCCCCUUCCCCGUGAGCCAGGACUUCACCGCACACCUUCGUGUAGCCUCAUCCUUCCUCUCCUGCCAUUCCCCGCUCCCGGCUGGGCACGUGCUCAUCCCAUGAGCUCUCCCACGCAGGAUGAGGGGUACAGCCUUGCCCCUCGCAGCCUGCGUCAGACGGCAUUCGUUCUCAAUGAAUCUCGGCUCGCGUUGGCUGUGCUGCACCCGGCGGAAGGGAAACAUUUCUUUAUUAGGGCUGUUUCCUUAAAUAAAGCCCUGGCGCGGGCGCUGGCCCGGCUAUCCCAUGACCAGUGUUGUGCGUUCGGGUUAUUAACACCUCAUUAGAUGUUGGUUCCUCCCCACGGCUCUGGUUCAGCAAAUGCCGGUGGCUUUGUCGCUGCUCCUGGACUCCAGUUUCACCGGAGACUUUUUUUCCCCAUGGUCUCUCGCACUUGGGCUGACAGUUUAAAUUUCAUUUCUUCUUGAGUUAUUUCAAGAAGUGGGGCAGUGCAUUUGGCACAGAGGGAAGCGGAGGCACCGGGAUUAAAGCCGGCAGGUGGAAUGGGGCAAACAUGAAUGGCGAUGCCUUGUGCCAGGAGCCCUCCUCCCCGCUCCCCGACUGGAGGGAGUUCUGCGAGCUGCACGCCCAGGCAGCCGCCGUUGACUUCGCCCAGAAGUUCUGCCAGUUCCUGAAGGAGAACCCCCACUACGACACCCCUGGCGCAGAGACCUCCUUCUCCCACCAUUUUGCCGCCAACUUCUUGGACAUCUUCAGCCUGGAGGUCAGCCGGGUGUUCGUGUCUGACUCCCCCACCAAGUACAACAUUGUGCCCUUCGUGGGGUUGCAGAACUGCCACGUCCCCUACGGGCGGGAAGUCACCCCAAGGAAGGAGGAGACAUCCACCGAGUCCCUGGACAGCAUGGACACCCCGUUGGGUGCCGGUCGGUACCUGAGCCCGGCGCAGCAGGCGCAGGCAUGUAAGGUGUCCUCCUACGGCCAGUCCCGCAGCUCGGAAGAUGUCUCCAUCCAUGCUGCCACCAAGCCCAAGUUCAAGAAAGGCUUCUCCUUGAGGAACAUGAGCUUGUGUGUGGUGGACGGUAUGAAGGAGAUGUGGCAUCGCAAGUCCUCUCCGGAGCCAGGCACCGAGGCUGCCCCAGGUGGCCGGAGAGCCGAGAGGGAGCCGUGGCCAGCUGGAGCAGGCAGGGAGCCUGGUGACCCACGGGAGAAAUGGACCCACAAGCUGCGCUUGUCCAAGGUGCCCUCCUCCAAGGUGGAGCUGGUGGACAUCCAGAGGGAGGGGACGCUGCGCUACAUGGUGGCCGAUGACACGAACUGUGUGGGGAGCACACAGUGGCAGAAGUGCCGCCUCCUGCUCCGGAAAGCGGUGAAGGUAGAAGGAGAGAGGUUCCUCCUCGAGUUCUAUGUACCCCCAAAGGCUUCCAAGCCCAAGGUGAGCAUCCCACUCUCGGCCAUCAUCGAGGUCCGCACCACCAUGCCCUUGGAGAUGCCUGACAAGGACAAUACCUUUGUCCUGAAGGUGGAGAAUGGGGCCGAGUACAUCCUGGAGACCAUCGACUCCCUGCAGAAGCACUCCUGGGUGGCGGAUAUCCAGGACUGCAUCGACCCCGGGGACAGCGGGGAUGACAUCGAGCUGGCGUCCUGCGUGCAGGGAGCGUGUCUGCCGGGCAGGGUGUCCUCCUGCAGCUGCGAGUUCCUGGCUGAUGAUGUGCCCAGGCCGCCGGACAGAUGUGCCCUGCCCAGCGCUCACAACACUGCAACGGCCACUGCGGUCUCCACGCCCCACGGCCGGGGCAGGGACUCCCUGGGGGAGCUCCUCACCCACGUCCCACUGGAGAGCUUCCUGCAGACCCUGGAGUCCUCCCCCACCACCGGCGGGCAGCUCGCAGGGGACGACAGCAAGGCGGAGGCGGAGAUCAAUCUCUCUGACUUCCCCUGGUUCCACGGGACUCUCUCGCGGAUCAAGGCGGCUCAGCUGGUGCUCUUCGGAGGAGUGCGGAGCCACGGCUUGUUCGUCAUCCGACAGAGCGAAACGCGGCCAGGGGAGUACGUGCUGACCUUCAACUUCCAGGGGAAAGCCAAGCACCUCCGCCUGUCACUGAAUGAGAGCGGGCAGUGCCACGUGCAGCACCUCUGGUUCCAGACCAUCUUCGACAUGCUGCGCCACUUCCACACGCAUCCCAUCCCGCUCGAGUCGGGUGGCGCAGCCGACAUCACGCUCCGCAGCUACGUCGUGGCCCAGAGCCCACUGCCCGCAGAUGCCGGCCCCCCUCCAGCCCUGGUGUCGCAGCCGCCGGGCUACCGCGUCGACCUGCCGCCUCCACACUACUUCUGCAGCACAGCACCCACCGUCCCGCCCGCCCCGCCGCCCACCGAGGGGGUGGCCGUGGCCCCCACCACCACAGUCCCUGCACCCUACCACCGUCUGGAGGGCACUCUGGGCCCCCAGAGCCGCAGCGACAGUGCCGAGCGCCGGCCGGAGCCCCCCACCACCAGCGCUGAGGACUACCAUGAGGCUGACGGUGCCCGGAGCCGGACCCGGGCUGUGGAAAACCAGUACUCCUUCUACUGAGCCCUCCGUGCCCAGGGGCUGGAUGGUGGGGGAAGUGGGGCACCCGUGCCCCUCACCUCUGCCCUGGCCUCGCCACGUCCUCCUGCCACCACCAGCAACCCGGCUGGGAUGUCCUCGCUCCCUGCUGCUGCCGGGAGCCGUGUGAGCGGAAGGCGAUGACCUGCCUGGACCCGACGCCAGCACCGAGGGUAGAGCAGUGCUGGGUUUGGUGGCCUGAAAGCAUCAGUGCCAUUUUGGAGUUUGUAGCCUCUUCCCUUUCCCUCCGGACCAAGAGAUCUCUGGGCCGAGCGCGGCUCCCUGGGGAUGCUCCUCCCGGGAUGGCAGCACGGAGUGGGGAUGGCCUCGUUCCUCCAGCCACAGCACCAUGGCACAUCCUCCCUGGGGUGAGAGCCUGGCACAGCCAACGGCUCUUCUGGCACCGUGGCCCUGCCAACCAGCCGCUGAGGGGCUCUGGCAGUUUGGGAUGGCAUGGGAAGGGCAGACCCUGUGUGGAGGCUUUCCUCGCACACGCAGAUCCAUGCGCCUGAGGGCCCCGCUUUGUCCAGGCUGGCUUUCAGGCUCCCACUGGGACACAUUUCACCCUCUGCCAGAAGAGUGUUUUUUCCAAAGCUUAAUGCAUCGCAUUCGAGGAAGAGUUUUCCUGCCGUCCUGCCAUUCCUGUCUGUUUGUUCCUUCUCUUCUUGCUGUACUUGUGGAGGCACUUCUCCUUCCCAAAGGAGCUGACACACAACUCAGAGCAGCCCAUGCAGCAAAGAGAAGCCAAACACGGAUUGAAUGGAUUGAAUUUGGAUCUGCUUCUUUCACGCACACAGUGAGUGAGGGGGGACCUCUGGAUGCAGCACAGACAUCGUCACCUUUGUUCUCCGCUGUGGUCCCAGCAGGCCAGGUGGGUGCAGAUGGAAGCGCUGCCUCACAGCCCUGCAGGUAUUGGCUUCUUUGUCACCUUUGGGGGUGGGAAAAGGAGGGGGAAGCAAUGAGCUGCAAGCAAGAAUGUUCAUUUGUAAAUAGAGAAGAGUGGGAGAGUUUACUGUUCUGUAGAAUAAAAUACUUUUAUUUAAAAAAAAAAAGAAAAAAAAGAGAGAACAGACUUGUGAA